GCUACAGGUGGUGAGAAAAAGGAACACUUAUAUAAAAUUUUGGUCAUUGGCGAGCUGGGUACUGGGAAAACUAGCAUCAUCAAGAGAUAUGUCCACCAGUUCUUUUCACAGCAUUAUAGAGCAACUAUUGGUGUUGAUUUUGCACUUAAAGUAAUUAACUGGGAUGCAGAUACGUUAAUUCGGCUACAGUUAUGGGACAUAGCAGGACAAGAAAGGUUUGGCAACAUGACCCGUGUGUACUAUAAGGAGGCUGUUGGAGCUUUUGUUGUGUUUGAUGUAACCAGAGCCUCAACUUUUGAGGCUGUAACCAAGUGGAAAGCAGAUCUGGACAACAAGGUCCAGCUUGCUGAUGGAUCACCUGUACCUUGUGUAUUAUUGGCUAACAAAUGUGACCAGACAAAAGAAGGACUAGUCAACAAUGCCUCGCAGAUGGAUGAGUUCUGCAAAGAGAAAGGUUUCAUAGGCUGGUACGAGACUUCUGCUAAAGAAAAUAUCAAUAUUGAUGAGGCGGCCAGAUUUUUAGUCACCAAGAUUCUGGAGAAGGACAAGGCAAAUAAAUUAGGCGAGGAUGAAAAAGAUGAUGAGAAAAUUAGAGUCAAUGCAAACGAAAGAUCCAACACAUCAAGGAAAAGCUGCUGUUGA